AUGGCAUAUACCCAGAGGUGGCCUAUUUUUUUGAAGACGAUCAACCGCCCAAUUGGUGAGAGGAGAGUCUUGUUUGCGGCAAAGCAGGAGUCCGCGCGGAAGGAUGUGGAGCGGGCUUUUGGGGUGCUCCAAUCGCGGUGGGCAAUCGUGAAAGGUCCGGCGCGUUUCUGGUACAAGGAAGUCAUCGCCGACGUCAUGUAUGCGUGCAUCAUCAUGCAUAACAUGAUAGUCGAACAAGAACGUGGACAUGUCACCGAUUGGGUGGAUGAUGAAGCCGGAUCUAGCUCCAGCACGGCGACCUCGUCUGUCACUCGAGGAUUACCGACGUGGCUUCGAUGCGCAACCAACAAGACCAUCACGGCGGCUCAUGACCGACAUGAUUGA